CACUCUCUCUCUCUCUCUCUCUCUCUACUCUGUUCUUCCGCCAUGGAAACACCUAAUCAAGACUGCUCUGACUCUGAAACUCAAAUCGACCCUCUUUCCCCUUCUUUCUCUCCUUCUUCCUCCACUACCACCUCUUCCUCUUCUGUUUCACCAUCAUCUCCUUCUUCAAAUGACUCCCAUUUCUCUCCAUCCCCAUCUCCAGACCACAAUGUCAAGUCCCAUAAGCGCAAUCACGACCGCGACAGCGAUUCGGCCGAAGAAGAAGAAGAAGAAGAAGUCAGGGGCAGCAGCAAGAAGGCCAAAACAGGGGAUCACCUCUCUUACCGCGGAGUGAGAAUGCGGCAGUGGGGGAAAUGGGUGUCCGAGAUUCGAGAACCGAGAAAGAAAUCAAGAAUCUGGCUGGGAACCUUCGCCACGGCCGAAAUGGCGGCUCGAGCCCACGACGUGGCUGCUCUGGCCAUCAAGGGCGACUCUGCCCACCUCAAUUUCCCCCGGCUCGCUCACUUGCUCCCGCGCCCUGCCUCUGCUUCCCCGAAAGACAUCCAAGCAGCCGCCGCAUUGGCGGCCGCCAUGGAUGUCAAGGAAGCAGGGGACGACGUCGGAGCGAUCGAUGGCGGCGAUCAGGAUGAUCAGCUGCCAGAGUCUGUGGUUGAAGACGACGGCGACGAUGCGUUCGUCGACUUGCCCGAUCUUUUGCAGGACGGGAUCGAUCAGGAGGUCUGCGUCUUGUCGAUGAGCUACUGGCGGAUGUUUGAUGGAGAGGGUUUGGAUUCGGGGUCGUUGUGGGAAGCAGAGGAGUUGAGCUUGCAGCCGUCGUUUGGUUCCAGGUGAUCGAAAAUUUGGGAUCGCAGCAUUGUGUAAAAAAUUGAAAUUGAGUGGAGUGAGUCCAAAAAUAAAUUAAAGAAAGAAAAAACUUUGUGACAUAUUAUGACUAUGUAACUAUAUGUGAAUGUGAAAACCCCUGCAUUUCGGAUUUUCUUUUGCCUACAGAACUUCAUCGUCAUUUGUAAAAUAGUCGAAUUUAACGUUUACGAAUAACGUUUAUCGAGUUUAUAAACGAUGUGUGGAGUUUCGUAGGCGGAUGAAAUUAGCAGUGUAGCAUUAACGACGCUUGUAAUAAUAUGUGAAAAAACUAAUUGGAUAUUUUGAGUGAACCUGUCCAUCUCGUUGUUGAUUUGAACGGUUAUU